AUGUUCUCGUUCACUUCGUCGAUACCUGUAAUACAUCCGCCCCACGAGCAACCGCCUGGGAAAACCAGUAACUGGCCGAAAGACGGCGAACUAGCCAACGGAGCGCACAAACCGGGGGGGAAUGAGCCCGAAUACAUUCCAAUUUUGCAUUGUGUUUUGGCAGGAGGAAUAGGAGGCGCUAUUGGCGACUCUGUGAUGCAUUCACUCGACACCGUCAAAACUCGACAACAGGGUGCGCCCAAUGCCGUGAAAUACAGACAUAUGCUUUCGGCCUACAAGACGAUUUUCGUGGAAGAAGGUUUUCGUAAGGGUCUGUAUGGAGGAUACAGCGCUGCUAUGAUCGGCUCGAUGCCGAGUGCCGCUAUCUUCUUCGGCACGUACGAAUUUCUAAAGCGAAAAAUGAUCGACGACUGGGCUGUCAACGAGACCUUUUCGCACCUUACAGCGGGCCUGGGCGGUGAUUUGGUUUCCAGCGUGGUGUAUGUACCUAGUGAAGUCCUCAAGACGCGGCUGCAGCUGCAAGGACGCUUUGACAACCCGCAUUUCCAAUCUGGCUACAAUUACGUCAAUCUCAGGAACGCAAUUGCCACCAUUGUGAAGGUAGAGGGCUGGCAGACGCUAUUUUUUGGGUACAAAGCUACGCUGAGCAGAGAUCUGCCGUUUAGCGCCUUCCAAUUUGCAUUUUAUGAAAGAUUCCGUCAGUGGGCCUUCGGUCUGGAACGCAAGUCACAGAACCAAGAUCUUUCGGUGCUGAGUGAGCUACUGACUGGUGCUGCAGCUGGUGGUUUGGCCGGUAUCCUGACCACUCCAAUGGACGUGAUCAAAACGCGUAUUCAGACCCAGAUUCCGUCGAGCCGCACGACGGAUAAUUCGCGGCUGGUGAGGAUUGAAAACUCGCUUUUGAAAGGUCUGGGCGCCGUGUACAGGUCCGAGGGUGUUCUGGGCUUCUUCAGCGGCGUGGGACCCAGAUUUAUUUGGACCAGUGUCCAAAGCAGUAUCAUGCUGCUGCUAUACCAGGUGACGCUAAAAUCACUUGAUCGAUACCGAUGA